AUGACUGAGAGAAAUAGUAUGCUGGUCUUUUUGGCUGCGAUGGUUCUUUGUGCUGGUAGUUGUUAUGGUGUUGGUAUUGCUUACAAAGUUGGCGGCCCUGAUGGUUGGACGAUAGGAGUUGACUACAACCAGUGGUCUUCUUUGAAAGAGUUUCACGUUGGCGAUACUUUUUUGUUUUCUUACAAUCCUUACCAUAAUGUGUUUGAAGUUACGAAGCGAGAUUACGAAUCUUGCGACCCUCGCUCUCCCAUCGCAGCUUAUAGUUCCGGCUCAGAUAUAAUCACGCUUGAAAAACCCGGCCACUAUUACUUUCUUUGUGGUGUUCCUCAUCAUUGUGAAGCCGGACAGAAGGUCGAGGUUGUGGUCAGCAACCUUCCUACACCAGCUAAAAGUCUGGUCAUCUCUCCGAGCCCGGCACCUUCUAGAUUGUCUUCUCCUUCAUCAACUCCGAGCCAGGCACCUUCUGGAUUGUCUACUCCAUCAACUCCGAGCCCCUCACCUUUUAAAUUGUCAACUCCAUCAACUCCGAGCCCUACACCUUCUGCAUUGUCUUCUACUGUUUACAAAGUCGGCGGACCAGGUGGUUGGAUAAUAGGAGUCGAUUACAAUCAAUGGUCAUCACCAAAAGAGUUUCAUGUAGGCGAUACUCUUUUGUUUUCUUACAAUAGCUACCACAAUGUGAUGGAAGUUACCGAGCAAGGUUUCAAAUCCUGCAACUCCAGCUCUCCAAUUGCAGCUUACAGUUCCGGCUCAGAUUAUAUCACGCUUGAAAGGCCUGGUCACUAUUACUUUCUUUGUGGUGUUCCUCAUCAUUGUGAAGCCGGACAGAAGGUCGAGGUUGUUGUCAGCCUUCCCACAACUGACGAUCAUGUCUCCUUUCCGAGCCUGGCACCUUAUGGAUUGUCUACUCCAUCAACUCCAAGCCAUGCACCUUCUCCUUCAACUUCUCAUCCUCAAGAGAGGCUACCACUUUCAGCGGCUAUGACGACCAUUAAUGCUCCAAAGCUUGCCUUGGGUCAGUUGGGCGUUUUCGUUUUUGUGCUAACUUUUUUCUAG